AUGCCCGGACAAAUGCAAGAAGGUUUUGGCUGUGCUAUAGCCAAUCGGUACGACCAACUAUUUGACGACGAGUCGGAUCCGUACGAGGCGUUAUUGCAGGCCGAGGCCAAGAAGAAGGAGCCAGGAGCCCCUGCCGCCAAGACCGCGGCUCAGGCGGCAAAGCAGCCCAAAAAAGAAUCCCAGAAAGACAGAAAGGCCCCACUCACGGACAAGAAAGAAGACACGCAAGCCCCCGUCCCACUCAAGAAAGAUGGAGCUGGCAUGAGGAGAAUGGGCCGUAAGCCUGAAGGCGAUGGACCCAGGCCUCAGGGUGAGGGCCGUCCUCCCACAGACAGAAGACCGCCAACCGAAAGGCGACCACCACGCCGCUUUGAGAAACCGGCCGGAGAGGGCGGAGAGAAGCCAGAAGGAGAAUUCUCUGUGGAAAAACCCAUAGGCGACAGACCAAUGAGAGGACGUGGAGCUGGUAGAGGCGGCCGUGGAGCCGGCAGAGGCCGCGGCAUGGGACGCGGUGAUGGCUUUGAUUCCAGAGGAAAGCGUGAAUUUGAUCGCCACAGCGGCAGUGACCGAUCUAGUCUCAAAGGUGAAGAGAAGCGUGGAGGAAGUGGAUCUCACAACUGGGGCACUGUCAAGGAUGAACUUAAUGAGCUCGACCAAUCAAAUGUGACUGAGGAAAACCCCGAAGGAGAGGAGCACCCACCUGCCGACUCUGAGAACAAGGAGAAUGAGGCAGAGGAGGUCAAGGAGGAAGGGCCUAAGGAGAUGACUCUGGAUGAAUGGAAGGCAAUGCAGAACAAGGAACGCACCAAAGUGGACUUCAACAUCCGCAAGCCCAACGAGGGAGCCGACUGGGGCAAAGGCUUUGUGCUGCACAAGUCCAAGGCUGAGGAUAAGAAGGAAGAUCUGAUUGAACACGAAGUUGAGGAAAAGGUUGAGGAUGAGCACCACUUUAGGAAACCAGCCAAUGACAUCACGUCCAAGCUGGAGAUUAACUUUGGAGACCUGGGACGUCCUGGCCGCGGCCGUGGAGGACCUCGUGGGGGCAGAGGCGGAAGGGGCCGCGGAGAAGCUGCCCCCAGGCCGAUGCGUGGAGGAGGAAGGCCUGAAAGGUCGUCUACUUCUGUGCCCAACGUGGACGACCCCGAGGCCUUCCCCGCCUUGGGGUAG